GCCGACCCGGAAGUAGAGCUGUGCGCCGGAGGCGCCGCUGCGGAGCCGCCACGCCUUCAGCGCUUUGCCUCCUCUUGGGGAUCCCAGAGAGCUGCGGAGCCGGGUUGCCCUAAUGGUCCCCGGCAGGCGGCUGCGGCAGAGGUGGCGGGAGGAUGACCUCUCCCUGGGAGCGGGGCGCCGACCUGGCCCGGUUCUACACUGUCACCGAGCCCCAGCGACACCCGAGGGGUUACACGGUGUAUAAGGUCACCGCCCGGGUUGUUUCACGAAGAAAUCCAGAGGAUGUCCAGGAGAUAAUCGUAUGGAAGAGAUACAGCGACUUUAAGAAACUACACAAAGAACUAUGGCAAAUUCACAAAAACUUAUUCCGACAUUCAGAAUUGUUUCCUCCAUUUGCCAAAGGAAAAGUGUUUGGACGAUUUGAUGAAACUGUUAUUGAAGAGAGGAGACAGUGUGCUGAAGAUCUGCUACAGUUUUCUGCCAACCUUCCUGCUCUUUAUAACAGUAAACAACUUGAAGAUUUUUUCAAGGGUGGUAUAAUUAAUGAUGGUUCUGAAUUGAUUGGUCCCGUUGAAGCUUAUUUGGAUUCCCUCACUGAUAGCUUUCCUGAGUGUAGUACAGAAGGCUUCUCCAGUGACAGUGAUCUGAUAUCUCUUACUAUUGAUGUGGAUUCUCUUGCUGAGUUAGAUGAUGGAAUGGCUUCCAAUCAAAAUUCUCCCAUUAGAACUUUUGGUCUCAGUCUUUCAUCGGAUCCUUCAGCACUAGGGGCUGUUGCUUCUGACAGUGAGCAGAACAAAACAGAAGAAGAACGGGAAAAUCGUAGCCUUUUUCCUGGCAGUUUGAAAUCCAGGCUUGGCAAGAGAGAUUAUUUGGAGAAAGCAGGAGAAUUAAUAAAGCUGGCUUUAAAAAAGGAAGAAGAAGACGACUAUGAAGCUGCUUCCGAUUUUUAUAGGAAGGGAGUUGAUUUACUCCUAGAAGGUGUUCAAGGAGAGUCAAGCCCUACCAGGCGAGAAGCUGUGAAAAGAAGAACAGCAGAGUAUCUCAUGCGAGCAGAGAGUCUGUCUAGCUUUUACAGAAAACCCCAAUUUGAUGAUGUAUCUCAGCCUCCAGGAUCACUAAGUUCAAGGCCCCCUCGGAACCUAAGGAGCCCUGCCGAGGAGCUGAAGGCCUUCAGAGUCCUUGGGGUGAUUGACAAGGUUUUACUUGUAAUGGACUCAAGGACAGAACAGACAUUCAUUUUAAAAGGUCUAAGGAAAAGCAGUGAAUACAGCAGGAACAGAAAGACCAUCAUCCCCCGCUGCGUGCCCAACAUGGUGUGUCUGCACAAGUACAUCAUUUCUGAGGAGUCGGUAUUUCUUGUGCUGCAGCAUGCAGAAGGUGGCAAACUCUGGUCAUAUAUCAGUAAAUUUCUAAACAGAAGUCCUGAAGGAAGCUUUGACAUUGAGGAAGUGAAAAAAUCUGCACUUACUAAAGUUCACCUGCAACAGCCAACAUCUAGUCCUCAGGACAGCAGCAGCUUUGAAUCCAGAGGAAGUGAUGGUGGAACCAUGCUUAAAGUUCUGCCAUUGAAGACGAGUCUUACUCAGAGCUCUCAAGAUGAGAGCAACCAAGAUGAUGAUGGCCAAGAUAGCUCUCCAAAAUGGCCAGAUUCUGGCUCAAGUUCAGAAGAAGAAUGUACUACUAGUUAUUUAACAUUAUGCAAUGAAUAUGGGCAGGAAAAGAUUGAACCAGGGUCAUUGAAUGAGGAGCCUUUCAUGAAGACUGAAAAGAAUAAUGCUGAUACCAAAGCUAUUGAAAGCAUCCCAGCCCACCUUGCUGCUGGCAGUGACAGCCCCAGCACACAGCCGAUAGCUUAUGAGCGGAAGUUCUUCCCUGGAAACGAUGACCUGGAAGCAGUUAGUUCUCCAAGAACAUCAGAUUCCCUCAGUAGAUCUAAAAACAGCCCCAUGGAAUUCUUUAGGAUAGACAGUAAGGAUAGUACUAGUGAAAUCCUAGGACUUGAUUUUGGAGAAAAAAUGUAUAGCCUAAAGUCAGAACCUUUGAAACCAUUUUUUACUCUUUCAGAUGGAGACAAUAUUUCCAGGAGUUUUAAUAUUAGUGAAAGCAAGGUUAUAGCUCAGGACACCAUUAGCAGGGGAUCAGAUGACUCUGUCCCAGUUAUUUCUUUUAAAGAUGCUGCUUUUGAUGAUGUCAGUGGUACUGACGAAGGAAGGCCCGAUCUUCUUGUAAAUCUGCCUGGUGAAUUGGAGCCAACAAAAGAAGGUGCAGCAAUGGGACCUACUAAGUUUACACAGACUAAUGUAGGCAUAAUAGAAAGUAAACUAUUGGAAGCCCCUGAUGUUUUAUGUCUCAGGCUCAGUACUGAACAGUGCCAAGCUGAAGAAGAAAAAGGCUCAGAGGAAUCGAGUGACCCUUCUAGGCUUAAAUCCCAUAGUAUAACAGAGAAACACUAUGUACAGAGGGAUCUGGGGAUGUUAUUUAUAUCGACUGUUGAUCAUAGUAGUUCAGGAACCACGUCUUUGUUACACAGCUCAGAUCCUGACUUUCAAGGACUUGGAGUGGUUGAGUCAGCUGUAACUGCGAACAAUACAGAAGAAAGCUUACUUCCUAUUUCUGACCCACUCUCAGGUGCUAAUGCUAAUGAAUGUAAUGCAAACACAGACACUUUAAUGACUGAAGAAGUAUUGCUGUUUACAGAUCAAACGGACGAAGAGGAACCGAUUUUAUUUCGGAGAGACUCUGUGACUAAGGGAGAGAGUGGGUUAGCACUAGAAGGAGACAAGGAAAUACAUCAGAUUUUUGAGGACCUUGAUAAAAAAUUAGCACUAAACUCCAGGUUUUACAUCCCAGAGGGCUGCAUUCAAAGAUGGGCAGCUGAAAUGGUGGUAGCCCUUGAUGCUUUACAUAGAGAGGGAAUUGUGUGCCGCGAUUUGAACCCAAACAACAUCUUAUUGAAUGAUAGAGGACACAUUCAGCUAACGUAUUUUAGCAGGUGGAGUGAGGUUGAAGAUUCCUGUGACAGCGAUGCCAUAGAGAGAAUGUACUGUGCCCCAGCAUACCCUGGGAGGAAGAUAGCAACAACAGAACACACUGCUACCAAGAGGACGCUAUGGAAUUGUCUCUGGAGAUUUUUGGAAUGGGUGUGAGUAACUGUAUUAUUAGUGUUAGUAGAGGUAUGUGGAAAGAUGAGAUGAUCUGUGUGUCUGCCUUAGUGGAAAAACCAGUCAUGUCACCAAUUUGAAGGUGUGCCUCAAUAAAUCCAUCAGGAAGUAAACUGGAAUAUGAGAUUCCCUUGUUUAUCAAGCCUCGUGGUAGUAAUGUCUUUUAAAGAGGAAUGAAUUCUGAAUUUGGGAUGUUGAGAGCACCACGGCUACUUGAAAUGCAAGAUGAUUCAUCUUUAUAUCUUAGUAGGAAGGUUGAUCUUCAUUUAAAGCUUGAGUUUGAGACACAUUUUCUAGCUUUUUCCAUUUUUCUUUAUCAUUUCCAGCAUAGUUUUAGCAUUGUCUUUGGUUAAUUUUGAGCCGUGUGUUUGACAGAUCUGAGUGGUUUAAAUUGUAUAGUCCAAAAAGACAGGGACUAUAGAUAGUGGCUGUCAUGGUUUCCGUGAUGCUGGGAUCACGUGGUCUCUCCGGUGUCUUUCAGACUUCCUCGAGUCUGAGUGAGUACUUGGCUUCUUUCCCUUCACUUCUCAUACAGAUACAGACGUUUCGCGGUUCUCUGAGUCCAAGCUUUCUGUUUUCAUGUUCCUUUACUUUUCAGGAGCAAGGCUUAUUAUGGUUACAGUUUUGUGGUCAGGUUAACAUUAUUUUUGGCUAUAAGAGGGAGACUUGGUAAACUCUGAUUGUCAUAAGGACUAUAAAACUCUCUUAUUCUGUGUUUUAGCAAACCCUUUGACAAUAUAGGUUACCAAGGCAGCAUUAUUUUUCUGAAAAAUAACCUGGCUUAUUGAAGAGUUCUCUGAGGUGUUAAACAUGAGUAAGACUAAGGCAAAACACAUUUUAUGUUGUGGUAUCUUUAUUGUUUUAUGCAAACUUGUUUAUUCACAUGUGAAAUAAAAUAGUUUCAUUCAUUAGUAUGAAUCAAGAAGACUGUGUAUUGUACUAGAAUAUGAGAAUCGAUAGUGCUAAAGAUAGACGUGUAGAAUUUUGCUAAACUGUUCUCACACGUUUGGUGUCCUUAAAAAAUUCUGGAUGAUUUGAAUUCUAAUCUGGAGCUGAUUCUGUGUCUCCAUGACAUUAAAAGAUGCUAAUGGUUAGUUUUGAUGACACUGAUUCAUUUCGCUUGCCACCGGGCCUCUCAGGGAAAGGGAAGAGUGGCUGUGUCUGGAAAGGAGGAAAGGGAAGAGUGAGGAGCGCUGGCUCACUUUAGCCUAAUCCACUCUUUGGGCAUCUUAGGUUAAUGGAGGGAAAAGAAGUUAUGAGAAAGGCUCAUGAGUGCUUUUGAAAACACUUUCAGGAUCAUAAAAUUACAGGUAGAAAGAAUGUUAGAGGUCUGGCUGUCCUCGUUUUCGCAGAAGCUUCGUGAUACUCAGCCAGGCUCGAACAGUAAUAACGUAGCUAGAGCCCUGUCAAUACAUUUCUUUGACUCAAAGAUAAAAAUCCAGGAUUCUUCGCUAUUACCAUCUCUUUUUGAGUUUUUGUGGGAAGAAUCUGAGAAUUUGUUUGUCUUUCUAGGGAAUAGCUUUUCCCCAGUCACUUUGCUAAAUGCCUGUAGUCCCGCUGCACUCAUGGAGACUGAGGAGACUGUCGCUUCAUCCUGGAAAUUGCAAAUAUAGAAUGUAGGGUGGGAGGGGCAUGCACAGAACCUUAUUCACAUGUUGGGGUUUACAGGAAAAAUAUUUCAAAAAUUGACAAAACAUUGGUAAAAUUUAUCUUUUAAAAUGUGUUUCUGCGUUUUUCAGAGAUUAAAAAUUUCAAGGUAGGAGUUUAAAGGGAUUUCCCAGCUUCACCAUGUUAUAUUUUUAAAAUUUGUUUAAAAAAUUUGUUUGGUAUUUCUUUAUAUUCUCUACUUUUGAAGUUAGACACAUAUACCUGACAGUUCACCUGGUGUUUGUAGUAGCUAUCAUGUAGCUUUAUAUGUAAACCGGUACUCUUGGUUUACGCUUAAAUUUUUUGUAUAGAUUUUCCAAGUAAAGCAGCUUCAGAACAGUGGUUUGACAGCCACACAACCUCAGGCUUCUUUUUGACAAUGCAAUUUCAGGGCAUGUCUUUACAAUUUUAAUCUAAGAAUUGGAGUUAAUUUGUAAUAAUGUUAUAUUAAUAUUAUAUAAUAUCAACAUAAUAUAAUAUUAAUAAUUCAGAUUGUAGCUCACUAGACACUGUGACAGCCCAUAUUUGAAGCAGUAUGGUGGUCAUUAUCUACCUGUUAAGGACUCUGACAGAAAAUUGUGAGGGAUUUCAAAGCAGCAUAAAACCAAUAAAGGAAUAUAGCUUGUCAGUCUCAUGAAUUUCCUCUCAAACUUUUCUAGCCAAGUACUUCUGACUGUAGAGGUGAUAUGAAACAGGUACCCCAGGGGAUUAGUGAAAUAUGAUCCUGAAGUUCCUUUGAAGUCUUUUUAUCUUGCAAAUCAAUGCAAAUGUUACAUUCUGUUUCAUAAUAGAUCUGUGUUUCUUUUCAUAGUAAAACAAUAUUCCACCCCCUCCCACACAUAUAAAAAUCUUUAUCCUCAGGAAGAUGUACUGUGCUUAUCUGGUAGUUUUAAGGACCUCCCCCCACCCCUCAGCACACGGAGUGACACAUUUCAUCCGCAGUACACAGCCCCAAAAGUGAUAUGGGAAACAGGCGUACCAUGUCGCUUUUGAUGUCUAGGCUACAGGGGUAGUGGCACUUUGGGCCUUUUUACUGAAUUUAAAAGUAGCCUAUAUAAAUUAUAUUAGCCAUUGAUUACAUCUUGUAGACUUAGUGGCCCUUUGCUCAAUUCUAACAGGAAACCUUUCUGAGCAGAGUCUCAGAGUAUGGCUCAGGUUUAGUGCUCCUCAGGGCAUGUUGUUAGACGCUGUAGAUCCAUCUCGUUAAUUUUCACAACUUUUCCUGAGUUGAUUGGGUCUGAUGUUCCUCUUUCCCCCAGACACACAGAUAAAAUAUUCUUUCUCUUCCAAAGUCACCUACCUAAAUAAGCUCUCCAUAAAGUUGCUUGGAGAUUUUAAAUAACUCAUGUAAAAUGUUAGACACGGUUCCUUACAUAUAGUAAGCAGUCAGUAAAUGUUAGCUGCUAUUUUAUUGUUGCACUUAACCAUUAUUGCAGUGUGUACCUACUAUGAACAGAACAACAGAUCAUGCACAGAGAGCGAGACUUGUUGGUGGCAUAUUCAGAACAGAUGGCUGAUCAGUCAUUUUGGGUCUUGACUUGUGAACACAUAGCACCUUUAUUAUAAAAAUAAGAAUUAUAUUACUCUUUGCUGCACGAUUAAAGAAAAUGGAAUAACUUAAAUACUUGACCAAAAUUAUGUUAAAGAUAAAACUAUGGUAGUGGGGAAACUGAUUUUAGUUUCACAUUAUUUAGCAGUGCGGCCAGUGCAUGGACUUCUCUGGAGUACAGCCUAGUGCCUAGUUUGUGCUGCUUAUGUGUGUUGGUUGAGUGAGUCUGUUAGGUUGAGACCUCAUUGUGGAGGCCUGAUUAUAUACGUACCUGAUUAAGCAAGACAUUUGAAUGUUAUUUAAUGGUCAAGGAGCAGCCAUUUCAGAAUUUUGAACAGGAAAAUGAUAUAUUGCGUACUUUAGAUGACGGAAAUAUGCAAAAGGUUGUAUUUGAUGACAGGACUAUGGUAAAUUUACUUUUCUAAAGUUUCUAAGAACAGACACCUUUUCUGAAGUUUUCAGAGCACGCUUAUGAAGAGUGGGGAGGUUGGGAAUAGGGUGGGGGCAGUGUAUUUAAAUCAGUACUUUGAGAGCCCCCAAGGAAUGGUUCUUCACGAGAAUCACUAUUUUAGGAAAUCCUUGGGUGUCAAAAUUAUGGAACUUAGAGCUGAAUUUAACCCAGAGGCCCUCACAUCUAACCCUCAUAUGAUAAGUGGGAUUAAGUGAAUUUCCUAAGGCUCCUAGCCCAGACUCCUGGUCCCUUGUCAGUCUUUCUGUCAUGUAUACAUUGAAGUCGUGGGAAGCCAUGUAGGUGAGCACUCAGGCAGGCCUGGCCUAAGUGCCUUCAUCUUCCCCGCUCCAACAAGCCUGAAUGUUUUCAUAUCAUCUUGUUAUAUAUUUAAAAUUGUACCACUUAGAGAUUCAUGUAGGUUAAUAAGUAUAGGAAUGAAAAUAAAAACCUCACCAAUCCCGAGGCAAAUCGCUUAAACAUUUUGUCAUGUUUUCUCACCAGCCUUUAAAAAAAAUACAUACUCGUAAAAUUAGAAUUCUAUUGUUUUAUAGCUUGUUUUUUUAAAAUUUAAUAUAUCCAGACGUUGACUUAUAUACUUACACCUCAAAUGACUACAUCAUUUUAAAUGCUUAUAUAAUAGUAGUGUAUCAUACAGAUGUGCCAUAUUUUGUAUAAUUAAACCUCUAGGUAGUUCUCAGUUUUUGAAACCAGCUGCUGUUUUAUAAGUGCAAAUGGCUCUAGAAGGAUUAGAAAACUUUUGGUCAUUUGCACAAUAGUCUGAGUUAAAUAUCUGUGUUUUCGUUUUGCCACCUAGCUAAGAGCAGCUAGUUAGAGAAUGGGGCUUGUGAUCUGGAGGGAAGCUCAGUAGGGAGAGGAAAGACUGGGAAGGGGCUAGUGUGAAGGGGCGUAGUUUUAUCUACCUCCUAUAAAACCCAGAGGAAGGGGGUGUGUGCCGGGAUAUGGAAGGAGGUUGCAGAAAUGGAGUAAUUUCAGCAUUUUGCAUAUGAAUGGCUUUUUUUCUUUCUCUGGUCCAUAGGACCUUUUCUUUAAGACUUAAAGCUUAUGCUGUUUUAUGAGUUUUGUAGUUUUACAUGUAUCUUUACUAAGUACUGGUUAAAAGGCUGGGCACCUGAGCACCACUUCCAGUUACUACUUUCCAAAUUCUAACCUAACCGCUUAAGACCUUUGGAACUUUGUUAUGAGGUGUAGGCUACCAGCAGACAACUAAUACAUAUAUUUUGUCAGUCAAAUGGAAAUGAAAGGGCAGAUAUUGACAAGGCUUAAUUACUAACUGAAUGUCCUUAGGAAAGGACAGGAAAGAAUAUAGCCAACAUGACUUAAGGGCUAAAAGCCUCAGAAAUGGUGAAAUGAGUUUUUGCUGAUUUGUGGAGAAAACUGAAAGAUGAAACCCGAAAACUCUCUCACUCUUCAGGAACUUGUGCUGUUGAGAGAUAUGGAUAACAGAUAACAGAUAAAAUCGUAAUUUGUCGAUAUUCUGAAAGCCCUUAUCUUAGCCAGGAAUUUCAGUCCUGGCUUAAAACAACAUAUCUAUCUGGACUUCUAAAUAACAGAAUGGGUAAAUUUGCAUUUCACAUGCUCCUCUUUUAGUUGAAAACCGUUGAUUAUGUAGGGGAGAGAUGAUACCAUAAACUAGGUUUUAGUUCUGUUACUCAUUUGCUGUAUGACAUUGGGCAAGGCAUUUCACCUCUCUGGUUUCUAAUCUGUAAAAGGAUAAUUAAUACUGGUGUAAAUGAUUUUUGCAGUUCCUUCUGAACCUAAGGUCUUUAUUUCUAAAACAAAACGUGACCUCUGAGGUAGGGCUGGCUAUACUUUCUCAAAUUUGAAAAAUUAAGCAAAAUGCUGAUCUAGUAGAUUCGUGUAACUUAAGUAUACCAUCUUGAAGGUGUCCCUCUAUCAACUAAAGAACAAAUGUUUCACUUUAAUAUAUGACUGCGUCAAAAAAAAAAUGCAGCCACA